UCAAAAAUACAACCUAUGAAUAUAAAUUUAUAAACAUCGUUAUUCGAUGCAAAAUUCUUCGUGUAUAAUCAUAUAAUUAAAAAAAAAAUGCAUAAAGUUUCAAGGAGCUCCAAAUGUUGUCCCACCUUCGAUCAUUUACCAGAGAAUAUGAACUGUUUCCUACCGGACAUAAGUAACAGUUGGCAAAGGCUCCUGGAGCGCCAUAAGCAUAUGUUUACGAGACGUAAGCGUUUACUUAAAAUUGCACAGCAUAAUCGGCCAAUUAGAGGGCGAUUCAUACCUAAAUGUCCUUGCAAGUAUAAAAAACCUAUUGAGUUUGUUCGGGAAACACCAACGAGAACGCGUACAGAGCAAUUAGCUUUACCGGCUGUACGAAAGCUACUUUUAUUCAAAGAAGACGUAAAGGAGUUAUUUGAGCCAUUGCGUACAUUUACCAUAAACCGUUUAAUUCGUCUCAGUUUGCUGUCCGUAUAUAGUCGUUUAAGUAACAUACAACCGCCGCAGAAAAAAGUUCCAGUACAUAAAUGGGAUGAUGCUGAGUGGAAAAAACAUAUAAAAUAUCUGAAAAGAUUGGCGAAACCCAAAAAGGAACCGAAACAACCAAAAUUGCCUGUGAACAAAAUGAAACUUGAAAGUAUGAGCCGUUUCAAAGAGCUUGCUUUACCGAAAACAUACGAAGAGUCAAUGAAAGAGCCUUGGGCUCUUACGCCAGCCAUGAAAAAUUAUGAACCAACGGAAAAUAUAAAGAAAAUGGCGCAGCCGAUAAUACAUGAUGAUUCUGCGCUUAUACAAAGUUUCCCCAUACCGAUAAAUCCUACUGCCCUAACGUAUAAAGCUACGAAACGUAUUAAGGAGAUAGCUACUCCACGUGAGAAAGGUGUUGGUGAAUCUGACUUAAAGGAGAAUCCAUUUUCCAUCUCGCCUAAUGCUCUUAAAGCUCGUACAACUGCUCGUAUUAAAGAGUUGGCGGAACCAAAAGAGUAUGAGAAUGCUCACAUACGCGAAAAUCCUUUUGCAAUUUCACCGGCAGCACUUAAGGCUAAGGCAUCGCCAAGAAUAAUCGAACUCGCCAAACCAAAGGGUAGCAGUUAAGAUGUUCAAGUUCUUUACGAAAUCCUUUCAAAUGUGUAACGUAAUUGAUUCAUUUGUAUUUUAUAUUUAGGGAUUUUACAUAAAAAGUCAUUUUAAGAUA